AUGGCGAGACCCGCCUAUAUAUCCGUGACAUUGCUAUCCACCUCCACAUCCUCACCGGUCGCCCCUGCCUGUCUGCUGCGCCGAUACAGUGCCGGGACUGUGGCCGACACGGCCACCAGGGUCGACACUGUGACCGCUUCACCUAUCUGGACCCACGGGAUCGCGCCCGCAGCAACUCCCAACACACAUCCACCACUCGCAGGGACAUACGUAGCACCGACACAGGCACGCGCAGUACAAGUCGCCACCGCCACGCGGGACACCACACACAUUCCGCCCCCCAACACUCCGCCGCGGAAGGCCACCAAAACCAACACCAAACCCAGGCAACUCCCACUUCAGCGCCACCCGCACCAGGUCCCAGGACACACCACGGGCCUCAAUCUAUACCUCCAGCGUGAGCUCUCCACGUACGUGGACCAACGCAUAGUAUCGGCCACGACCCCACUCCGACAGGAGGUUGAGUCCCUCCGCGCUGACAAAGAAGCCCUGGCUGCACUUGUCUCCGCCUCCAGUGCUGCAUUCUCCUCUCUGGAUGCGCGCCUCCUAGAGGAACGACGCCGACGCGAAGCCGCGGAACUUCUGCACGCCGAGGACAACUGCUUACGCACGGAGGCACACGUCCGCCCGAACACCGCGGUCACACAACACGAGUCCCAAUAG